ACUAACCAUAACAGUACACGUCACCUGUGUACUCCCACCUCCCUUAUGAACCAUUCAAAUCCGAAAAUCCCUCUUACCAUAUAUAAUACCCCAUCGCCACCUCUCCCCAAUUACCCCUCUCUCUCUCUUCCUCUUCCUCUAACGUUCCUUACUUCCUCUUUCUAAAGAUAUGGCAGGAACCGGCGUGGUCGCUGUUUACGGUAACGGAGCGAUAACCGAAGCCAAAAAAUCCCCUUUCUCCGUAAAAGUGGGGCUAGCCCAGAUGCUACGUGGCGGCGUCAUAAUGGACGUCAUCAACGCCGAACAAGCCCGCGUAGCCGAAGAAGCCGGCGCAUGCGCUGUCAUGGCUUUAGAACGUGUCCCAGCCGAUAUUCGCGCGCAAGGUGGCGUGGCUCGCAUGAGCGACCCGCAGCUAAUAAAAGAAAUAAAACAGGCGGUGACCAUCCCCGUGAUGGCCAAAGCACGUAUUGGCCAUUUCGUCGAAGCACAAAUCCUCGAAGCUUUAGGUAUUGACUACGUAGACGAAAGCGAAGUACUUACGCUUGCAGACGAGGAUAACCACAUCAACAAGCAUAACUUCCGUAUUCCGUUCGUGUGCGGCUGUCGCAACCUCGGCGAAGCGUUACGGAGGAUACGUGAAGGAGCUGCAAUGAUAAGAACGAAAGGUGAGGCAGGGACAGGAAACGUGGUAGAAGCUGUUAGACACGUGAGGUCUGUGAUGGGUGAUAUUAGGGUGCUUAGAAAUAUGGAUGACGAUGAAGUUUUUAGCUUUGCUAAAAAGAUUGCUGCUCCUUAUGAUUUGGUUAUGCAGACUAAGCAACUGGGUAGGUUGCCUGUUGUUCAGUUUGCUGCUGGCGGUGUUGCUACUCCCGCUGAUGCUGCUUUGAUGAUGCAAUUAGGUUGUGACGGUGUGUUUGUUGGUUCUGGUGUGUUUAAGAGUGGGGAUCCGGCUAAGAGGGCUAGGGCCAUUGUUCAAGCGGUUACGCAUUAUACUGAUCCUCAGUUGCUUGCUGACGUAAGCUGUGGCCUUGGUGAAGCUAUGGUUGGUAUUAAUUUGAAUGAUAGCAAGGUUGAGAGGUUUGCUAAUAGGUCUGAGUAAGGUGGCGCUUUGCUUCAAGUGGAAAACAUCCCUGAUUGUGGCUGAUUAUAUUGUCACAGGACUUCCUCUGUCAUGCAGCUCAUGCUCCAGUUUCCAAAUUAUCAGUGCAAUCCACAAGUACUGGAACUUCUCUGUGUAUGAUAAUAGUCAAGUUGGGGGAUUUCUGCUUUCUCAUGUGAUCUGAUAAUCGAACUCCAUAUAGACAACGAUCUUAAAAUUGUCAUGGCUUUUUCUUUGUAAGAUUCAUAGUAUAAGCUGACCUUUCAGGUCUAAAGGUUGAUGUUUUAAUGUUGACAGCAGUUCUUUUUAAGCAGCCUAUUGUUUAAUUAGAAUAUUAUGUUUGUUAAGCACUAGACCGUUAUUUGGGCAAACAAUAGAAAUAUACUGAUGUUCUUGCUA